CCAGUGCAUCUAGAUGUUUUGUCGAACAAGGAGACAGUACCGUAUCGAUGACAGGCGUCACAUAUAUAGUGAGAUCAUUGCCCGUAAUGGUACGGGUAAUAGGUUGAAGCAUGGAGUUUCUAAAGCUGUUGCACUAGCUUGUAAAUGUCCUAGGAGGAUAGUGCAAAGGGUAUGGCAGCAGGCUAAAAAAGGUGGCGGCAUUACUGGGGUAAAAAACAAUCGGAAGUUCAAAUCAGGAAGGAAGAAGAUUAAUUUUGACUUAGAUGCAUUGGAGGCCAUCCCACCUGGAGAGAGAACAACAUUAGAACAAGUUGCUGGACAUAUGAACGUGUCUACUUCCACUGUUUGGCGGAGGUUGAAGAUGAAGGAAAUUAGACGAAUAACGAGUGAAUUGAAGCAUGCCUUGACUGCUGCAAAUGAAAGGGCUCGUGUGGAGUAUGCUCUAAAGCAUCUUGAGCCAUGUAGCCUAACGUCCCUAGGCGGUAUCAAUCCCACAUUUAGGGCUGAUAUGGAUGUGGUUCAUAUAGAUGAGAAAUUGUUUUAUCGCACGCGGAAGACCCAAAACAUGUAUUUGAGCCAUAGAGAGAAUGCACCACACUGGGAAUGUAAACAUAAAAACCACAUUCAAAAAAUUAUGUUCUUGUCCGCAAUGGCUAGACCGAGGUAUGAUGCUCAAGGCAAUUGUGUUUUUGCUGGCAAGAUUGGGGUUUGGGCUUACACAGUGUGGGUGCAAGCUAAAAAGAAGAGUCAAAACAGAUUGAGAGGGACAUGGGAGUUGAAGCCUUGCCAUACAGUGGACAGGGAGAAAAGUCGGGAAUACUUAGUGAAAUACGUACUGCCGGCUAUAAAGGAAAAGUGGCCUCAGAGCGAUAGAUGGAACACCAUCUAUGUACAGCAGGACAAUGCUAGGACUCAUAUAAAACCAGAUGAUCCACUUUUUUUACAGGAAGCUGCUAGGGGUGGUUGGGAUAUUAGGAUGAUAUACCAACCUCCUAAUUCUCCCGACACAAACAUAUUAGAUCUUGGUUGGUUUGCCUCAAUUCAAGCCAUGUUCCAUAAAAAGAUGCCCAAGACCCUAGCCGAGAUUGUCCAAAAGGUUAAUCAAUCCCUAGCUGAGUAUCCCCAUCAAAAGCUCAAUAGGAUCUGGUUGAGUCAUCAAGCGUGCAUGAGAGAGAUCAUCAAGCACAAGGGGUCUAUCCACUACGCGGUUCCUCACUUGAAGAAAAAAAGCAUUAGAGAGACAAGGACUUCUCCCGGUUCGUUUGACGAUUGAUCUAGAAUAUGUUGAGCAGGCAAUUGAGUUCUUGAACUCAACAUAAUUUGUACUACCUCUUGUGAUGGUGCUACUCCAUAUAUUGUGAUGGUGCUAAUUUAGUACUAUUCGAGUAUUAGUUUCAC